CUCAUGAUCAUUAUCUGGAGGUCACGUUUCUGCUUCUGUUAGCACAAACCAUCAUCAUCAUCAUCAUGGCCACAUCAUGAUGUUUGUUUUUGUGCUACGUCACACAGUCAAAACUGAUGCGGUGGCGCCACCUUGCGGCGGGGAGCGGCCGCUGUGGCCGGCACCGACACCCAAUCAGUGUCAGUCCAACAUGGCAACCAGGUGGGGGAUCUGCAGCGCGGGGAAGAUCAGCCACGACUUCACGGUGGCGCUGAAAACUCUUCCUCCCGGGGACCACCAGGUUGUGGCUGUGGCAGCUCGCAAGUUAGAGAAUGCACAGGAGUUUGCCAAGAAGCACAGCAUCCCCCGAGCAUAUGGGGGCUACGAGGAGCUGGCCAAAGAUCCGGACAUAGAUGUGGUGUACAUCGGAGUUAUCCAUCCAUACCACCUGAGCACCUGUCUGCUCUUUAUGAACGCCAAGAAGAACGUGCUGUGUGAGAAGCCGCUGGCCAUGAACACCAAGGAGGUCAAGCAGAUCCUGGCCUCUGCCAAGAAGAAUGACGUCUUCUUCAUGGAGGCCGUCUGGACCCGAUUCUUCCCGGCCUCGGUGGAGAUCAGGCGGCUGCUGGCCCAGGGGGAGAUAGGCGAGGUGAAGAUGGUGAGAUCGGAGUUUGGCGUGCCGUUGCAUCACGUGCCGAGAGCAGUUCAGAAGGAGCUGGGUGGAGGAACAAUGCUAGAUCUCGGCAUCUACUGCCUGCAGCUCACGUGCAUGGUGUACAAUGGAGAGAAGCCAGAGAGCAUCCAGGCCACCGGGACCUGCCUGGACACAGGAGUGGAUGACACUGACGUUGUCACUCUGAAGUUCUCCAACAACAGGAUGGCAGUGUUUAUCUCUUCUUCUGAUAUUGAGCUGCCCAACGAUGCAGUUAUUGUGGGCACAAAGGGCACCAUCAGGAUCCCUGAGCACAUGUGGUGCCCCACGACACUGGUGGUUAAUGGGAAGGAGACCAAGUACCCAGUUCCAGAACCAUAUCUGCCUCUCAACUUCAUCAACAGCACAGGGAUGCGCUACGAGGCAGAGGAGGUUCGACAGUGUUUGCUCAAAGGGCUGAAGGAGAGCGCAGUUAUGUCCCACGCCGACUCUCUGCUGCUGGCUGAGGUGGAGGACGAGGUCCGCAGGCAGAUGGGGGUGGUGUACAGCCAGGACAGCCAGUGAAUCACUGAGUCACAUUCCCUUGUUGUGAGGAGCACAUUCAUGGUGGAGAAUAAAUCAUCAUUUGUGUUCAAACUGCA